AUGGUUUCAAUUUCAAUUGUAGCAUAUUAUUUUACUUGUUUAGUCAUUCAACAAUCAUUAUCGUCAUCAUCAAUAGCAUCAAAAAAUGAUGGCGAUAUGACUCUUCAUUCCGAAGUAUCUAUAAAAAAACAAAACAUACCGACAAAUGAAGAAAAAUCUAUAAUAGACGAAAUCGUAACGAAUCGAUCAACACUGUCAAAAAUUAGUGAUCAGUCAUCUGUAUUACAUGAACUAUUUAAUGAAUUAAUUGCUUGCCAACAAAAACAAGCAUUUUUACUCGAACAAAUUCAAAAAAUAAUUAAACAAUCAAAACAAACAUCUUCGUCAUCAUUUAAAUUUUUUUUACCUUUAAAUUCAUUAAAUAAUAAUAGUAAAGAUAUUUCAUCAUUACAAGAUGCAUUUCAACAACGAAAAUCUUCAUUUAUUCAACAAUCAAAAGAACGUGUUAAUCAAAUUUAUCGACAUAAUAAUAAAUGUCAUCAUCGUAUUAUACCAAAUAUAAAAACAACAAAUAACACAUAUUUAAAAGAAAAACGACAGUAUGAAAAUGAUCGUUUAUGUGCAAUGAUAAUAAAACAUCAAAAUCGACAGAAUGCAAAAAUUUAUGGAAAUUUAAUUAAAAAUUCAAUUGUAUCAUAA